AUGUCAGAAGAAGAUCAUAGCGUACCUAAAGCAGAAGAGAUUGAAGUGCGUGUCCACGAGGAAAGCGAUGCUAAUCCCGAAGACGCAGAAGCGGUUGAUUAUAAUGCAACUCCAGAAGACCUCCAAGCACACUUUUCAUCGUGUGGAACAAUAAACCGAGUUACGAUUCUUUGCGAUAAAUGGAGCGGGCAUCCUAAAGGAUAUGCCUACGUCGAAUUUGCGGACCCGUCACUAGUUGCAAAUGCAAUGGCAUUGAAUGAAACUUUAUUACGUGGUCGUCCGAUUAAGGAUUCAAUAGAGGUCGAGGGCGGGGCAGGGCAGGAUGGCGAGGGACAAGUGGGUUUUAUGGACAUGGGGCUUAUUAUAGUCCUUCUUUUAGAGGGCGUCCAAGGUAACGUUAGAAUCGAGGAAUUGGAGAAAUACAGAGCGGAUUGCAAAAGUAGUACUAGUCGUAUUUGA